UAAAAUUGUUCCAUUUUGAUCAGAUAUGGAGUCCUGUUCAGCCCUGGAACUUGCCAUAGCCAGUGCCGGAUUAGGAGAUGUGGGGGCCCGCUGAGGCAUAGAUACCUGUGGGGGAGGAUGACCCGGGACCAAGUUACUUCUGGGAAUUAAAAUAUUUCUCUUCUAUGAAUUGCCAACAAUUCAUUGCUCCCUGAAGUAGUUUUCUUUUGCCCUGUGGGUUUGUCUAAAUCCUGCCCUGGCAAGACCCAUAUUUAAAUUUAAUACACGCACACACACACACACACAAGUGUAUGCAAAUAUGCAUACACAAUAAAUGCGUAAAGAUCGCUGUCUUGGCAUCUUGCCUAGAGGGGGACCUAAACGUUGAUAGGAUUGUACUUUGAUCUGCCUUCCUUCCUCUUGCUAUCUGCGCGUUCACUGAUAAGGGAGAGGUGUCUUGGUGGUCUGGCUCUUCGUAUUCGUUCGUGUGGACCCUCGGUUAACUUCGGUCUAGUUGGGUGUGCCUGUCCCAUUGCGCCUUCAUCUUUGUCAGUUGCCAUCUGAUUUUUGCCAUGACCAGUCCCAAUUACAAUACAUUUAAGCAGCUUCAAGUGGAACGUCGUGAACGUCUAUUGAUAAUUAAGUUCAAUGAUGGUGAAUGGCAACGUCGGACUAUCUAUGAGCUGCUCCGGAUUCUGGAUGUGGCCAAUGGUGAUGCCGAUGUGGCCAUAAUUGUGCUAACCGGUAACUUCGAGGCGGGACAAAGUCAAUCUGAAGAAACUACCACCCACCCCGCCCCGGCUAAAGACAAAGAUGAAGUGGAGGCACGAGAGGUUCAGUCGCGUGCCUCGAGUUUUGUGAUGCGUUCCCUGGCAAAGAAAUUGUUGCUAAAUCGCAAACUCUUGGUAUCUUGUGUUCAAGGCAAAUGCGUGGGACUGGGCGUCACAAUUUGUACUUUAAGUGACAUUGUUUAUGCCUCGCGAUCUUCGCAAUUUGACCUAUCACUUAAUAAGAUAGAUGGCAGUGGACUCGUCGGCUUAUGGACUCUGUCACAUUUGAAAUUGGCAUUGGAAUCGGGAGAACUCCUCGAUGCACAUGCGGCUCAAAAUCGGGGAUUUGUGACAGGUCUCUUGGACGAUUCUCAAGCCGGACUUGCCAAGUUUUGGCAAAGAUUGGGUGAGCAUUCAUUGCUGCCGAUCGACUCUUUAAUGGCAACUAAACGACUGUUAAUGCAUCCCUGGCAUGAGAAGCUCUUGGAGGCCCUGCGUGAGGAGGGCACACCUCAGGCAUCCGCCCAACGUCGCGGUAAACUUUAGAUACCAUAUAAAAACUGAAUAAACGGGGGUUAAAAGCACCACAUAGAGCACCACAUUAAAAUAUUUAGAUACGUCUCAUAUCUGGACUUGUAUCUUAUCUAAACUAUGAUUUGGCAAUGCAAUUUCCUUACAUCAAGACAAUUAAAUGUUUGCCAUAUUUUAUCUAUAUAAUAAACAAUAUAUAUACAUAUA